GUCCAUUUCCCUUCUUUCAAUCCUUUGCUGUAUUUUGUCCGUUUACCAAACCUUUCUAAUUUUGGAAGGUUUGUGGACCUCGUACGGAGAGCAGCAUAAGAGGCAGGGCCAGCAAGGCGGCUGCGGCCGCCGCCAGGCACUGGAAAACCACCCAGGUGCUCUUCCUCUUUGUGGUGCUCAUUUUUGGGGGCUGCUGCCCCAAAUCCUCUCUGUUUCUGGACAUCCAUGGACAUAUUUUGGAUUGCUCGUCUCACCAUCCUCAUCCUCCUCCACCAAACCAGCCUGUACGAGGCGAGCUGCGUGAUAGACGAGACCACCAAGGUGGCUGCAGCUGGUGCGAGUGACACCAUGAAUGUGACAAAUUCAUUGGACGAGUUCAUGUGCCUCUGCAUCAACAACACUAAAGAAAAUGCAACACACUGGUAUCAUAAUGUCGGAGAGAACUUAGUGGUUGUGGAACAUGAUGAAUGCUAUUAUUAUCAAACCAAAUUUCAAAGCUAUGUUAAUGUCUACAAGGACAGCAACAUGCUCUGCAUGUGCAUGUGGGUGACAGUGGAUGGUGGGACCUACGGUGUACGUAGUGAUGGAAAAAGAUCCACCUUCGAAGUCGAGAAAUCCAUGAAGCUGAAAGAGCUCACGUUGACCUGCAAGGCCCAGAACUGCUCACACGAGUCCUGCAAGUGCGGCCUGACCUCCUCCUCAGCCCUGGCUAAGCUGAAACGGCUGAACUGCACGACAGCGAACUCCGUCAAAAGUGAGAGCAUCACUGUCACCACCCCCAGGGUUGUCACCACCCCCAGGGUUGUCACCACCCCUGGCAUUGUCACCACCCCCGGGGUGCUCUGCAAUGGUGAGAGCUGGGGACAGAAGGAGGAAAGGUGGGGUGGGCUGAUGCCAAUCCUCUGA